AUGAUUGAUUUGAGGGCGAUGUUCGCUCGUCUUAGUCUUUUUGAUGAUGGGGGUCUGUUAGCCGAGUUGCAAGUUACGCCGACUUGGAUUGAUCAGAUUCGGGAUAAGCAGUUAGGGGAUAAGUCUUUGGGUUUGCAGUUUCGUCAGGUUGAGAGUGACAGUACAUUUGAUUUUAGGUUGAAUAAAGAUAGGGUUCUGUGUUUUCGAGGUCGGGUUUAUGUACAGAACGAUUCUAAUAUGAGGCUAUCGAUUUUGAGGGAGGCACAUAGCAGUUCUUAUGCUACGCAUCCCGAUGGUAAUAAGAUGUAUUGGGAUCUCCGUGAACUAUACUGGUGGCUCGAUUUGAAACGUAAGGUUAUGGAUUUUGUUGCUUGUUGUCUAACAUGCUAG